AACGGACAGAGCAUUGAAAUGAGAAGGAAGAACAAACAUGGAAGCUUUUACCUUGAACUAGGGGUUUCACUGCCUCAAACUGCAAUCUAUCUCACCCAAGAGUCAGAUGAAGAUGAGAGUCUGGAAGGCUGUGGCUAGCACCCUCACGUUCAUCGGUGUGGACAUGCUUGUGACCACGCUGCUCUAUGUGCACAGCCACAGCGGCCAGGACAUUGUCCAGGAUCUGAAGCACUUCAAUGUCUUUAAUUCCACGUUGGACCUCUGGGGAGCAUGUCUGUAUAGGAGCUGUUUUCUGCUUGGCAUUGCCAUUGGGGUUGCCAAGAAUUCAACCUAUGGCCCCAGAUGUCUGAAAGCAUCCCGGACCUUCAUCACCUUGGUCUGCCUGCUAGUGGGGAUUUAUGCUCUGGUCAAACUGCUGCUCUACUCGGAGGUAAGGAAGACCAUUAAAGACCCCUGGUUUUGGAGCAUGUUUGCAUGGACGUAUGUGUCGCUGGCUGCAACUUUCUGCCUAUGGCAGCUGCUAUCUUCCGUGACAUCCUCCAGGGAGACCUUGGGGGUCAGUUCAGAGUCCAGGGCAGAAGCUGAGGAGAUAUGUGACUGCCCUGUGACUGCGCAGGAAAAGAGGGAAGAGGCGUCAGGAGCCACUAUCCAUAAGCUGCUGUCUUAUACCAAACCAGAUGCGCUCUUCCUUGGAAUAGCCACCUUCUUCCUCCUGAUUGCUGCUUUGGGAGAAACAUUCCUUCCUUAUUAUACUGGCCUGGCGAUUGAUGGAAUAGUCAUCCAAAAAAGCAUGGAUCAGUUCUCCACUGCAGUGGUGAUUAUGUCGCUUCUUGCUAUAGGAAGCUCAUUUGCUGCAGGUAUCCGGGGUGGCAUUUUUACACUCAUAUUUGCCAGACUGAAUAUUCGACUCCGCAACUGCCUCUUCAAGUCACUGGUUGUUCAAGAGACAAGUUUCUUUGAUGAGAAUCGCACAGGGGACAUCAUCUCCCGGCUGACCUCGGACACAACGAUAGUGAGUGACCUAGUGUCCCAGAACAUUAACAUCUUCCUACGCAAUGGGGUCAAGGCAACGGGCGUGAUUGUCUUCAUGUUCAGCCUGUCGUGGCAGCUUUCUCUGGUGACCUUCAUGGGCUUCCCUAUCAUCAUGCUGGUGUCUGACCUCUAUGGGAAAUAUUACAAGAAGCUCUCCAAGGCGGUUCAGAGUGCUUUGGCAAAGGCCAACAAUACAGCAGAAGAAACCAUUUCAGCCAUGAAAACUGUGCGCAGCUUUGCAAGUGAGGAUAUGGAAGCAAAUGUGUAUUGGGAGAAGCUGCAGCAAGUGUACAAACUGAACAAAAAGGAAGCCUGGGCCUAUACGUACUAUGUGUGGUCCAGUGGGCUGACUCUUCUUGUGGUACAAGUCAGUAUCCUUUACUAUGGUGGCCAUCUGGUGAUAUCCGGGCAAAUGACCAGCGGAAACUUGAUCUCGUUUAUUAUUUAUGAAUUUGUCUUAGGAGAUUGCAUGGAGUCUGUCGGCUCCGUCUACAGCGGAUUAAUGCAGGGAGUAGGAGCUGCUGAGAAAGUGUUUGAGUUUAUAGAUCGCAAGCCAACAAUGGUAAAUGAUGGAACUCUGGCCCCAGACCAUGUGGAGGGUAAAGUGGAGUUCAGAAAUGUUACUUUUUCCUAUUCUACCAGGUCUGCAACACAGGUCCUACAGAAUGUGUCCUUCACCCUCUCUCCUGGCAAAGUGACUGCACUAGUGGGUCCUUCGGGCAGUGGGAAGAGCUCCUGUGUCAAUAUUUUGGAGAAUUUCUACCCUCUUCAAGAUGGGCAAGUCCUGCUGGAUGGGCAGCCUAUUAACAUGUAUGAUCACAAAUACCUGCACUCAGUGAUCUCCUUGGUGAGCCAAGAGCCAGUGUUGUUUGCUCGAUCCAUUGCAGAAAAUAUUUCGUAUGGUUUAACGUCAGUCUCGUUCGAGUCAAUUGUCCAAGCUGCUCAGAAGGCCAAUGCACAUGCAUUUAUCACAGAAUUGCAAAAUGGCUACAAUACAGAAGCUGGUGAAAAAGGAGCCCAGCUGUCUGGUGGCCAAAAGCAGAGAGUGGCUAUUGCAAGGGCUCUGAUCCGAGCUCCUCCAGUCCUAAUCCUAGAUGAAGCCACAAGUGCCCUGGAUGCAGAGAGUGAGCAUGUGAUUCAGCAAGCAAUUUAUGGUGACUUGCAGAACCACACUGUGCUUGUCAUAGCCCACAGGCUGAGCACUGUUGAGAAGGCACACAACAUUAUUGUUUUAGACAAGGGCUGUGUGGUGCAGCAGGGGAUGCACAAGGAGCUCCUGGAAGAAGGAGGCCUUUAUUCCAGGCUGGUGCAGAGACAGAUCCUCGGGCUUGAAACUGGCACAGGGGACGGAUGUCAUCAGGAGACUAGCUUGGCUGCUCCCUGGGGAGAUUCGAUGAAGACACUCAGAGGAUUGGAUGAAGAGGUCCGGUUGUGAUGUGCUCUCUGGAUUAAGACAGGAUGGUUACAACCUUUUAGCUCACCAGUGAGAGAGCACAAAGGGUUCCCCCUGUAGGAUCCUUGCCAAGAUGUUGAAACAGAGGUCUGCUCUAGUGCAGAUUCGCACAUAUUACUGUAGAACAAGGCCUGUUUGCUACCACGCACACUAAGCUUCCAGUAGGCAGACGGGUAAAAUAGGGACACAAUGGACUCAAUUUAUUAAGGGCAGGUUGAUCUUUAGCAAUUGCUGAUGUUUCUCCUGGGUUUCUUAAGUCAGCAAUUCCCAAAGCAGUUGAUUAGGGUCUGUUUCCCCACUGAUAUGCCUGUUUAACUGCUGUUAAUUGUAAUGGGUGUUACAUGCAUGCCUGGAGAGAGCGAACCCUAAACCCUUAACCAACCUCAGGAGGGAGUUUUGUAAACUCACAGGAAGACAUUGAACAUCAAGUAAGAUCUUGAUCCUGUAGUCACUCUAUGGUGCCAAUCCCACAUUCAGUGAGGUAAAUGAAAAGACUCCCAUGGGCCUCAAUGGGAAUUGGAUCAGCCCCUAAACUCAGAAUUCUUAUUCAAAUCUAUGAGAGUUCUGCACAGUGUCCGCAAGCUCAAGCUCUGGUCUAAAAUAUUACCAUGUAGGGCUUUUGUUAGCUUCACUGCAGUAACCCAGGAGCUCACUGGCAGAGCCUCCUUCUGAACUGCUGAAGGAGUUUGGUGAGGUUUUUUUCUUUUUACAGGAUGUUAAGUUUUACCACAGCUUCAUUAAUUUUUUUAGUUGCUCUAUCUUUAUGGACACCAGCAUGGUGUCUGUCUGGGUCCAUCAUCCACGAAAGUCAGUCUGUCUUAUUUCAAAAUUUGUUUUUAAAUUCAUACUUUGAGUCAGGUAUAGCAUAUAAAUGUUGGCACUUUAUAAACCCUACCUAGGCCCCAUUCAGCUGUGGGCUAUACUAGCAACUUCAGCCUCAGCUGUCUGAAUUCCACACUUAGUUCUUUGACUUUUUUUUUUUAUUUAUUUAUGUUUUUAGUAGGAGGGUGGAAAGAGAGAUACUAUUUCUAACUCCAUACAACACUGGUGGAUCUGGUCCACCCAGUAUCACUCCAUAAAGAUUGCAGGAAUGUUUAUGCAGUCAGCAAAGUACUAUUUAAAAAUAGCAUUGUAUUUUAUACAGGGAAGAUUGAUUCAGGAUAGGCAGUUAAUGACCUCAAGCACUUUAGCUCUCUUGUUAAUGACUUUCUGGGGUUUGGAUGCUGCUCUGUAAUACUUUGUGGCAGGUUUCUUGUUUGCAAUGUUGUUAUAAAGUGACAUUUUACACACUAUUUGGUGUCGUCAAAGAAGAUACUUCAAAAAUAAAAUGCUACCUCUG